AUGGCGGCGGCGGCGGCGGCGGCGGGCGGCCCCCCGGGCUCCUGCCCCAACUUCGCCGUGGUCUGCUCCUUCCUGGAGCGCUACGGGCCGCUGCUCGACCUGCCCGAGCUGCCCUUCCCGGAGCUGGAGCGGGUGCUGCAGGCGCCGACCCCGGACGCCGCCGACGGCGAGGUUCCCAAGGAGCUGGUGGAGCUGCACCUGAAGCUGAUGAGGAAGAUUGGGAAGUCCGUGACGGCCGACAGAUGGGAAAAGUACCUCAUCAAGAUGUGCCAGGAAUUCAACAGCACGUGGGCUUGGGAGCUGGAGAAGAAGGGCUACCUGGAGAUGAGCAUCGAGUGCAAGCUGGGCCUGCUGAAGUACCUCUGCGAGUGCCAGUUCGACGACAACCUGAAGUUCAAGAACAUCAUCAACGAGGAGGACGCCGACGCCAUGCGCCUCCAGCCCAUCGGCCGGGACCGGGACGGGCUCCUCUACUGGUACCAGCUGGACCAGGACCACAACGUCAGGAUGUACAUCGAAGAGCAAGACGACCAGGACGGGUCCUCUUGGAAGUGCAUCGUCAGAAACCGGAACGAGCUGGCCGAGACCCUGGAGCUCCUGAAAGCCCAGAUCGAUCCCGCUCUGUUGAAAAGCGGCAGCCACCGGGACCCGUCCUCGCGGGAAAGCCCCAGCCCGGACGACCGGGACGCCAAGAAAGACGGAGCGGCCCCCAAGCCAGAGGGCGGAUCGCCGCCGGGGGAAGAGACGGCAAAGGCGGGAGCGGGGCCCCGGGGGGCGGGAGGCCCCCCCGGCCUCCCCGAGGCGGCCCCGAAAACGGAGAAGGCGGAGGAGAGGGAGCCCGUGAAGACGCCCGUCAUCGUGAAGCUGGAGAGGCCCCCGCCGGAGGCCGAGGAGAGGCAGACGAUCAAAGAGGAGAGCGAUUCCUUCAAGGAGAACGUCAAGCCCGUCAAGGCGGAGCCCAGGGAGGGCCGGCCCGACCCCAGGGAGGCCCGGAGCAGCACGGAGAAGAUGGCCGCCCACGACCCCGACCGGCUGGAGUUCUGCGCCGGGGCCAAGCCCCCCCCGGAGGCCCUGGAGAAGUCGACGGAAGACACGGAGAGACUGAGGAACGACCAGCAGGCCAAGAUCCCCCUGAAGAAGCGGGAGCUCAAGCUGAGCGAGGACUUCGACGGCCCCGUCAAGGGGCCGCCGGCCCGGCCGCUGGCCCCCGCCAGGGACGGGCCGCGGGAGGACGCGAGGCCCGACGGGGAUCCCUGCAGGCGCCACCCCGCCGGCCCGGCCCCGGGCCCCGACGGGAAGCCGCUGGUCAACGGAGAGGCGGCCCCCAGGACCAGGGCCGAGCAGGCCGAGGCCAGGCCGCCCGCGGGCGGGGACGGCGGGGCCAGGGAGAGGAACGGCGUCGCCGGGGGUCCCGCCGCCCCCGAGCCCUGCCACCCCGCCGGCCAGGGCCCCCGGAGCGGCGAGGGGGAGCCGCCGCGGCAGCGGCGGCGGCAGGGCGGGGACGGGGCGGCGGCCGAGCCCCGACCCCAGCCGAAGCGGCCGCCGCCGGGCUCGCCGGAAGGGCCCGGCCCCUGCGAGCGGACCGGCCCCGAGGCCCCGGCCCCGGGAGCCAACGGCCAGGAGCCCGCCGAGCCCAAGAAGGAGUCCUCGGCCCCCAAGGGCAGAUCGAAGCAUAAGGAGGUGCGCCGGGAGGAGGAGGAGGAGGAGGAGGAGGAGGAGGAGGAGGAGGAGGAGGAGGAGCCCGCUGCCCCCGGGAGCCCCGAGAUCACCUCCGAGAGGCAGAAGGAAGGCAUCAAGCUGACCAUCAGGAUCUCCAGCCGCAAGAAGAAGCCGGCCGACGGGGCUCCCGCCCAGACGCCGCCCGUGCAGGGGAAGGCGGAGGCGCGGGGGGAAGAGGAGGAGAAGGCCGGCGCCGGCCGGCCGCUCCGCAGGUCCCCGAGGAUCUCCCGGCCCACGGCCAAGGUGGCCGAGACCCGGGACCAGAGGGUGGAGAAAAGGCGCAACGGGGACGGCGGCGAGGAGGAGGACGACGAGGAUUCGGCCUGGGCGUCCAAACACGACAAGAAGGAGAACCUGCGGAAACCCGACAGGGACGCCAACUCCAGAGCGAACAAGUUCAAAUCGAAAAGCAGAGCUCGGUGGAUGGGCUCCCGGAGCCGGGGCCGGUGGAAGUACUCCAGCAACGACGAGAGCGACGAGUCCCAGAGCGACAGGUCUUCGGCGGGCUCGGGCGGGGAAGAGGCCAAGGAGAGCGAAGAGGCCGCCCCGGCGGACGACGACGAGCCGUGCAGGAAGUGCGGUCUGCCCAACCACCCCGAGCUGAUCCUCCUGUGCGACUCGUGCGACAGCGGCUACCACACGGCCUGCCUCCGCCCCCCUCUGAUGGUCAUCCCCGACGGAGAGUGGUUCUGCCCCCCGUGCCAACACAAGCUGCUGUGCGAGAAGCUGGAGGAGCAGCUGCAGGACCUGGACGUGGCCUUGAAGAAGAAGGAGCGCGCGGAGCGAAGGAAAGAACGUUUGGUGUACGUGGGGAUCAGCAUCGAAAACAUCAUCCCGCCGCAGGAGCCGGAAUUUCCCGAAGACCAAGAGGAGAAGAAGAAAGAUUCCAAAAAAUCGAAAGCCAGCCUGCUCGAGCGGAGAUCGACGAGGACGCGGAAAUGCAUCAGCUACAGGUUCGACGAGUUCGACGAAGCCAUCGACGAAGCGAUAGAAGACGACAUCAAGGAGGCCGACGGCGGAGGGGCCGGCAGGGGCAAGGACAUGGCCAACAUCACCGGCCUCCGGGGCAAGGACAUGGCCACCAUCCUGGAGGAGGAGCGCAAGGAGAGCAAGCGGCCCCAGAGGGCGGCCGCGGUCCGGCGGAAGAAGCGGCGGAGGCUGAACGACCUGGACAGCGACAGCAACCUGGACGAGGAGGAGAGCGAGGACGAGUUCAAGAUCAGCGACGGGUCCCAGGACGAGUUCGUGGCGUCGGAGGAGAACGCGGACGAGAGCGAGGAGGAGCCGCCGUCCAACGAGGACAGCGACGCCGAGCCGCGCGGCCCCCGGCGGCCCCGGCCCCGGCCCAUGCGGCAGAGCCGGCGCCUGCGCAGGAGGUCGGUCCGGAAGAGGUACUCGGACGACGACGAGGACGAGGAGUCGGAGGAGAACGCCAGCCGCGAGUCCGACAGCGACUGCAGCGAGUCCAGCGAGGACGGCCUGGAGACGCGGCGCCGGCGAUCGCGGAGGAACCAGAAGCGCCCGGUCAACUACAGGGAGGACUCGGAGAGCGACGGCUCGCAGAGGAGCCUCCGCUACCGCGACCAGCGGCGCCGCGGACCCCGGCGCCGCCUCUCCAGCUCCGACAGCCAGGAGAGCUUCGCGGCCGAGGACUCGGACUCGGACGGGCCCGCGGCCCGGGCCGGCGGGGCCGUCCGCAAGCGGGGGCGCAGCCUGGGGGGCUCCUCGGACGCCGGCGACGACGACGAGGAGGACGAGGACGGGGAGGAGGAGGAGGAGGAGGAGGAGGAGGAGGCGGCGGCGCCGGCCACGGCCAGGGCGGCCGGGGAGGGCAGGCCCGUCCGGAAGCGGCUGCACCGGAUCGAGACGGACGAGGAGGACGGCGGCGAGGCGGCGGGCGGCGGCGGGGCGGCGGGGCGGCCCGGCCCGGACCGGAAGCCCGCGCCGGCGGCGGCCCCGGCCGCGCGGCCCGGCAGCCCCAAGAAGCCCUACCGGAUAGAGAGCGACGAGGACGAGGACUUUGAGAACGUGGGCAAGGUGGAGAGCCCGUUGGACUACAGCCUGGUGGACCUGCCCGCCACCAACGGACAGAGCCCCGGCAAGGCCAUCGAGAACUUGAUGGGGGGCAAGGCCGGCGAGAAGCCCCCCGCCCUCAAGGACGGCCCGGCCCCCGGCGCCGGCCCGGCCCCCGGCGCGGCGGGCGGCGGGCCCGAGGCCGCGGGGCCCGAGGAGGACGAGGACGAGCUGCUGAGAGUGACUGACCUGGUGGAUUACGUCUGUAACAGCGAACAGUUAUAA